GGCCCACUGUCGGGGAUCAGUCCCAAACCGACAACGCAUCAAGCGAACGCUCUACCACUGGGCUACAUCUCGUGAAGCGCAUAAACCACUCUAGUGGACGUUUCCUGCUCGGUCUGGCUGAACUCAGCCCUGCUGACGUAUACAACGUGCUCCAACAUGGGCGUUACCGCAUACUGUACGCAAUGUACUCGGAAAUGGAUCUUGACGAUAUAGUAUACACCUCCCUCAGGAACGUAUAUCGAAAGCACGGUCAGGAACACAUAGUCAGGUCAUGCAACUUGGAGAGAAAUCUGCCGCUGAAAGAACCGUACUUCCUUAUCAAAAGAGUUCCACGUUUCCGGGUCCGGUCCGAUCUGCACACGAGCAAGAAUCCAUCGUACACGCCACUCGCAAGGCUAGAACCAGCGUCAGUUGACGAUUUGAUAUCUCCAAAACCAAACGGAUGUCGGAAGAUUUUGUUAGAAGGAGAAAUCGGGGUGGGUAAAACUACCCUGUGCUACAAUGUGCUACACAAGUGGGAGAAAUUCCAAUCCAACUCGCCCGACAUUGCAAACAAUCUCAUUAUCUACGUAGACUGCGCCACAUUAGAGCCAUUCAGUUCGGAAUCCUGCCUCGUAACAAACACGCUCGUUGGUUACCUCCAACAGGAAGGAGUUGACGUUUCACGCAAGGACGUAUCUGACUGGUUGGAGAAGAACGGAAAUGACGUGGACGUCAUUUUCGACAACGUCACCGAUUCCCCGCCCAUAAAAGAACGCAUUGUGCGCACGAUCAGCCGUCCGGACAUGCUGUUUUCCAGAGUCACCGUUCUGGCGUCCGUCGGGACCAUGGACAAGGACCUGUUCGACUGCAUGUACUACUGCUACGGGAUAAACCCGGAAUACAGCAACAAGGUUCUUUUCCGACAGCUGAAAAAGGCUUCCGAGAAACCCGAGGAGAAAAUGGUCUGCCUCCACAAGCUGGACUGUCAACAGGAGUUCAACCGCAAUCCCCUGACGCUGUCGGCCGUCAUCUCCUACCUCAACGCCAUCGAAAACGGGGUCUGUCUCAGACACAAGUACGACUUGCUGCGAGGCAUUGUCCGAAUGGCUGUUCCGGUCACGCUGCAACGACGAGCGGAAGCGGACAUCAGCGUCGACAUACAGCACUGCACCGACGUCCUGGCGGAGCAGGCAUUCCUCGGCAUGUCCGAUUGCAAGCAUCACCUGCAGGCGGAGAGAUUUCCAGAGUGGUUUCGCCGACAGCACAUGUGCGAUUUCUGUUUUGUGCACGACAUUCACGGGCCACUGACGACGUCGGUUACGGCGUUUGCGUUCACGUCGAGGUGUUUUCGCGAUUUCUUCGCCGUCCAGCACGCCGUCACGCUACUAAAGACUGACGUGGAGUCCGAGUCGGUGCUGAGGCGAAUAAUGGAAGAGAAGUUCUUUCUCAAUCUUCUCAGUAUGUGCUGUCGUCAGCUGAAGCUCUGCGCAGAAACGGAUCUCCUGCACCGGAUGUUCCGGUCGAUGAUACAGGAAGUUCAAAAGCGAUUCGUCACCAUACAAUCGCCCAGUCACCACAUCACGAAAGGCAUGCUGCGGCAUUUCGGAAAAAUCCUCAACUGCCUGCACGAGGUCGAAUUCGAAGAAGAGUUCUGUGACCAUGUAGCGAAAUCUUUCCCCAACAUUCUAGAAUUUUCCUUCCAUGAUUGUUCAAAACGAACCAUCGAGGACUUCACGGAACUCAUAAUGCACACCAAGAACAAGCAGACGUAUAUCACUAGCGGAAUCGUCCUUCACCUUGACGGUAUGGUCAACGGUCAUUCCGAACCGCUCCGAUUGGCCAAAGCCCUUAAUGUAAUGACGUCACUAACCACGUUGAUGGUAAGCGCCAUAAGCAUAGCAGAGACGAGUUUCCUGGUCGAUUUUCUUUGUGAUAUUUUUAAGGACAACGGCCACAUCAUCAAUCUCACUGUACGGGGCCCGAUGAACAGCGUUUACAACCUGACAGCGGAGAAACACAGACGGGUCCGCUCUGUGUUCCACAAGGGACUGUCCCUCAAGAGUCUGACGGUAGAGAACUUUCAGCAUCAACACAAAGCCGCCUACGUAAUCCGCUGCUGGCCGGCCAUAUUCGAAAAGCUGGAGAUUCAGAAAUGCAAUCUGGAAGCGUCCGCUCCCGACCUCCUCAACAAGAUCCAGCAAUCGGCGAAUCUCGUUCUACUGUCGCUGGACUUCUGCUACAUUCCCCCGUCGAAGCUCCGGUGUGUUCUCCAGGCUCUGGUGGUGUCGUGCAGAUCUUUGCGGGUCUUGCAUCUAAACACGCUGUCCGCCAAGAGAAAAUUCAAUUCCGCCGACAUUAAUACGCAACAUUUCCGGUAUUCCAUGACACCGGAAGUGUGUGAAUGGAUCAAGGCCUUGAUAGAAAGUUCCGAGGUUUUGAACGAGUUGACGCUGUGUCAGAAUGGCCUCGCUGAAAAAGCCGGGGUCAUACUGGACGCUGUUGUUCGCAGCGGUUCGUUACGGUCUCUAGAUCUGACCGGAAACGGGAUCUCCGAUGAUUUGAAGGACAAGGUCAUAGACGUCAUUACCGCACGGAAUGUGAAACGCUUGAUUCUCGGAAGUAACUCUUUUACAGCUGAAGGCAGAAAAGCAAUUAUUGGAGUCUCGAUUGAUCAAGAUGAUCUUCAGUUAAGCUUGUGACCCUGUUUAUGGAAAUGUAGUCGAAAUGAUGCAAUGCUGUGAUACAAGUGUGUUGUUAUGAGACAGAUUGUUGUCGGUUUAAUAGUAUUCUUUAGAAUCACGCCAGAUACUUAACUUGGCAACACUAUGCAGUAGUUGUAUGCUAUUUAGGUUAUACAGCAAGUUCUAGAAAAAUUUGGCGAAUCUAUAGAAAGAAAACAACGAAGCUUGUUAGAAACUGUUUUGUUUAUGUUUUGUGGUUAUCUUAUAUCUGAUUUAUACGGAAUAUUGUUUAUGUAUACAUUGUUUUCCUAA